CCCGUCCUCUUCCUGGAGGAGGACCACUACCUGGCGCCCGAUUUCUACCACGUCCUGAAGAAGCUGUGGGCCCUGCGGGGGCGGGAGUGCCCCGAGUGCCAGGUGGUCUCCCUGGGCACCUACGGCCCCGUGCGGGGCGGCUUUGCCGGCCGCGCCGACAAGGCAGAGAUGAAGACGUGGAAGUCCACCGAGCACAACAUGGGCAUGGCCUUCGGCAGGGACACCUACCAGCAGCUCAUCGACUGCACGGACGCCUUCUGCACCUACGACGACUACAACUGGGACUGGACUCUGCAACACUUGACUGUCUCUUGUCUUCCAAAGUUCUGGAAGGUGCUGGUUCCAGAGAUCCCCAGGAUUUUUCACACGGGGGACUGCGGCAUGCAUCACAAGAAAUCCUGCAGACCGUCCACCCAGAGUGCCAAAAUCGACUCUCUCUUGAACAGCAACGGGCAGUACCUGUUCCCUGAAACGAUGAGUGUCAGUAAGAGGUACUCCAUGGCACCCCUGGCCCCUCACGUCAAAAACGGGGGCUGGGGGGACAUCAGGGACCAUGAACUCUGUAAGAGCUACCGCCGGCUGCAGUGAGGAUGGUCCCUCGCAGCCUUUUUCCUUUUUCAGUUGUUCUGUACUGUCUUUUACAGGCGCACACGUGUAUAGAUAUAUACAAAAAAACAACAACAAAAGGCAUUUAUGAGUUGGUUUCUGCUUUAAGAUGAAUAAAAAUUCUUGGAAAGGGUGUCCCAA